GAGGGAUGCGUUUCUGGCUCAGAUGACCCAAGGAUAUAGCCAUUAUGACAGACAGCUAAGGAAUGAUUUGUUGGUAUUGAUAUCAUUAGCUGCAAGUCACUGUCCACAGGCUCCAUUCAUAGAAUCUGGUUUUGCUAAGCAGUUAAUGCUUUUUGCAACUUUCCAAGAAGUUCGAAGCCAUAACAUGUUGGUCAGACACCUCAAACUGUCUACGAACCACGAGGAUUUCGAGCUCAAGAAAUUGUUGAUGAACGUGAUUGUUGUCCUGAGCAAGGAGCCGGCUAUGAUUCCAAUUGUGAUCGAGGCUCACUUCCUGCUUGCGUUGCUGACGUAUGUUCGCAAUAAUGAGAACGCUUCGCAGCCUCAGGAGUGGUCGCCCUCACAAUUUGAGGAAUUGCAACUGCAUGCGAUGUCGUCACUCUGCACCAUUGCACCACAGUGCGUGCAGGAUUACAUGAGUUACCAAGGCAACACACGUCUUCUGUUGCUCUUGGAAUGGUGUGUUGGAAAAGAUGAUUAUGGCGGUCAUGGAAAUUCCUAUCAUGCAUUAGGAGGUCGUGGCAACAAGCGGGCUCAGAUGCGCUAUUGUUUGCAUCUUAUGCGCAGCAUGGUCUCAGCAGCGGACGAAGCAUGCAAUCAAGAUUUAGUUGACCAAGGCACUAUCAACCAACUUUUAGAAAUUCUGAGCAGUGCAAGCAGGUCUAGCUUUCCAGAUGAUGAAGUUGAUGUAGAGAUGCAGUGUGACAUGUUAUUUAUUCUUUCAACUCUUUGUGACGGAGACCUUCAUCGAAAGGAAUUAUUUGGGAGCAAAGGAGUAGAAGCUGUUUUGCAGUAUCUGAAGGUAAACCCAGAGAAGAUCUGCUUAGGCUUAGGUCAUCAUCGUCUUAUGGUGGCUUGUGUGGACUGCAUCUGGUCAUGCGUCAUCGCCGCCAGCAUUAAUGAAGACUUAUUUUUGACUGGAGAAGGAGUCUUUCUUCUAAUGAAUUUACUAGAGUGCUGUCCAGCUGAUAUGUACAAUCUGGUCCUUGGGUGCCUACUUGAUCUCUGUGAGAACCCCAAGUCAGUUGGUCACAUGAUGGCAUGGAGAGGUCAGGAGAACAGGACUGCUUGUAAUUUACUUGUUGACAUCUGGAGGAAAGAGGAAGCUGCUAUUGGGGUGAAGAGGGAUGCAAAUGGGUUUAUUACAGACCCUGCCAAUCCUUUGAUGGGAACUCUGCAGGCUAGAGAAGGGGUGGAGUCCCAGCCAGCGGACUGCACAAGCAGAGCCAUACUUGAUGUGUUCGAGAACCUAAGAGCCAAGAUUUAUUCUCUCUUCUGCAAGAUCGGUUUUGCCGACUUGCCCGGUCUAUCCGUUAAUGACCUGGUGACUCUCAGUAUCAUCGAGAAAUAUCUAGAGCUGAAGUCUGGUGAAGUGUGGGCCGAAGUCUUGACAGAAUUAGAACAGGAAGGUGUUAGACCAGUCACACCUGAUCAAGAAGCAAUGGAGGUGAUGGCGAGAGCAGCCACUGAACGUGUGAAUGCAGUGCUAGAGUCCCAGGGAGAACUUCUUGAAUCUCAACAGGAACAAGAUUUACUUGAUGAACAGGAUAUGUAUGCGGAGAUUCGCGACAACCAUAAACAGAAAGAAAAGGCAAUUGCUGACUGGAAGGACUUUGUAGCAAGAACGUCAGACUACUCUGUGCUCAAAAUUGCUAAGGAUAUGCAGAAGACCUCAAUAGAUGUUUCUAGAACAAGACUUGGUAUCAACGAAAGUGAUGUAUUCCAUGCAACUGACCUCCCUCAUCUUCAAACAACGACAUUUCAAGGUCGCAGUAUAGCUAUCAGAAGCACCCCUCUAAACAUUUCAGAAGAAGCUCUGAGUUUUAUACAAGAUAAGGAAGUCAAACUGAAAGAACGCUCUGCCGUGUUUGUCUAAGCAUGUCUACGUUACAGGUAUCCGGAGGAGCAGAUGGAGCAAUUGAUAACUAUAUAACACGGCAAAUCAAAAGCAACGUCAACAAUGUUAUACAACAUAAUGAGAACUUACUAAAAACAAUUGUAACAUAAUAAAUAAUAAAUCUUUGUAUAAAUAUAUAUAGUGUAUAUAUGAAUAUAUAAAGUCUCUAAUUAUUUAGUGAUUGCUGGGGUUUUUUUUAUUCGCUUGUUUAUUUAUAUUGUUUCCACUUGAAUAAUUAAGGAUAUUAUGAUUAUUAUGAAUUAUAAUUUAAUGUAUUGACUGACUAAAUAUAUCUACUUACUGCAUACAGACUUUUUUUACUGCUAUAUAUUUCCUGAAUUAAUUACAGUUAACAUACAUGUUAAUUAAAUUUAUAAGAUUAUAAUUUAUGAAAUGUAUUCAUAGAACAGACUUCUCAAGCACUACGGAGGUUUCGUAGGUGCUACAGAUGUACGGAAAUAGAUAAAAAAUACUGCAAAAAUUUAUCAUAGGCCCAGACCCAUAAAUAAUUGUUUUUUCUUGAAUAAUUGAGAAUAUUAUGAUUAUUAUGAAUUAUAAUUUAAUGUAUUCACUGACCAAAUAUAUCUAAUUACUGUCAUACAGACAGAAGAUGUACGGAAAUAGAUACAAAUACUACAAAAAAGUAACAUAGGCCUAGAUCCAUAAAUGUAUAUGUCCAGAACAAAUGAAUUACCCAGGAUCAUUAGUUACAUUGUCCCUAGACAUAUUUCUGAUAAAUUAUUGUGAAAAACGAAGAAAAAGUGGCCUUAAUAUAGUCAGGGAGAUGCUCCCUCCUGUUAAUUAUAAUUUAUUUCUAUAAUAAAUAAUAGUUUAUUUGUUCUACACCAAGUUUAAGUGGAACACAGGCAAGAUAACAGCUUUCCUGUCCUCUAUCCAGGGUGGUGUUAGCAGCACCAUAAUAUAACAUUAUACACCUUAAUUACAUUGUCCAACUGGACAUAUUAUCGUCAUCAUCAUUGAUAUUGUUGUUAUUAAAAAUAGCACUUAUUAGUUGGUUUAUAUUAAUCAUAUUUUGAGCUGAAAUAAGCAGAACAUUAACAGAAUAUAAGAGGUUUUUCUCAUUGACGGAAGUAUUGAAUAUUGAAAAGAUAUCAACAUUAUUAUUUCUGUAUAAACAGCAUAAUUGACAUGCAUUAUUUUUAGAUAGCUCAAGAAAAGAUAAUUUCAAAAAUAUGAAUUUUAGAAGUACUGUGUAGCCUUAUUAAAUCAGGCCUCUCACCAUAAUUUCAUAAAGGGGUUACCUGUGAGGGGGAGGGGUUGACAAAGCCCUCUGGCAUGGUCAAGGUGUAGAUCCCCUGAAACAAACAAAGAAUGGAGUUCGGUCAAAUUACAGGAAAUCCUGGUUAUUUGCUUGAUUACUGUACAUAGCAUUCAUUAAGAUGUUUCCAUUGCUGGUCAUCAUGCCAGCUUUAUUCAUGUGUGCAGAUAACAUUGUAUAUAAAACACUGUAUUUUAAAUGAUCAUUCCAUGUUGUAAUCUUAUGGACAGGAAACUUGAAAACACUGGCUCUUAUUUGUGGAAAUAAAUUUUAAAGAAAUUAA